CAUUGUCUACGUGUUUUUUUACGUUUUACUACAGGACCACAAACUGCGCUGCAUCGAGUAGAUCUGUAUUGAUUAGUUUACCUUCAGACAAAUGUAAUCCCACGCAGAAUAACGGAUAGUUCUAUAAGGAUUACGCUGUUGUGUUUUUGAAAAGUUACCGCGAACCAACUGAGCGUUAAUGUUUCACUGCAGUUCUCUUUUAGACCUUUCCGUUUAAGAAGACAAUUACGGGUAAAGAUACAAUUAUAACAUGGUGGACAUAAUUUAAAGCUCAGUUUAAACAAAAGGUUAAACUCGCUUCAAGCAGGUAACGUUAACAUUUAUCGACCUGAGGGAUGUCGACAAAGAAACUUGCUAAGGAACUUGGGAUAAUACGAAAACGAAGUCAGAAUAAAGAAUCUGGUCAAACAAAACGGCCAGGCAAAAAACAAUAUUUUUCCUACCUUAUAAUAAUCGACUUCGAGUCCACCUGCUGGAGAGAGAAGAACAACUACGGACAAGAAAUAAUCGAAUUCCCAGCAGUUUUAUUAAAUACGUCCACCGGAGCGGUCGAGUCAGAAUUCCACACGUAUCUGCAGCCACAGGAGCACCCCUUCCUCUCCGAGUUCUGCACGGAGCUCACAGGAAUCACUCAGACACAAGUCGAGGCGGGCGUUCCCCUGUCCAUCUGUCUGUCGCGCUUCACCCGCUGGCUCCACUCGCUGCAGCAGGACCGAGGGGUGGUGUUUGUGAGGGACGGCAAAGCCCCCCUCGUUCCUGGUUGUCCCUGUGCCUUCGUCACUUGGUCAGACUGGGACCUGGGAGUGUGUCUUCUGUAUGAGUGCAAACGGAAGCAGAUCUGCAAACCAGAGGUACUCAACAGCUGGAUCGACCUGCGGGCCACCUACAAGUUGUUUUACAACAGAAAACCAAAGGGACUAAAUGGAGCGCUGCAAGAUCUGGGUAUAGAGUUCUCCGGACGAGAGCAUUCAGGUUUGGAUGAUGCUCGCAACACGGCUCGGCUGGCCUGGAGAAUGAUGACCGAUGGCUGUUUCAUGAAGAUCACUAAGUCUCUGGAUCGGACACCGUUGAGAGCCAAGCCACUGUUCCCGAACAAGCCCGUCAACAAUGAUUCCAGCAACCACCAUGAGCACAGCAGCCAGACUAACAUGCAAGAGGGAGUCUGCAAGCAGCAGCAGCAGCAACAGCAUCGCUCUGAAAGUACAACACUGGAAUGCUCUACCAAGCCACCAUCAUCAGAUGUCACGCUAGACACAACCCAUCGUCUGAAUGUCAACCAGAACCCUGAGACCUACCAGUGCCAGAGCCUGGUAACUCCAAAAACGGUUCUUGGUAGCCUAUCCUCGUGCCUGUCCGUGGGUGGCAUGACUGGGCCAAUGAUGAGACAGCACGGCGCUCUAUCAAGAUCUAGUCUUUCGUCUCAGGGCACAGGACUGGUUCUGGUGUCGACCACCGUGAGCUCGCACACGGACGUGCUGGCAAAACAGCUGAACUUUGACCACGAGGCCUCGGAGGUGGACUGGACUGAUGGAGUGGUGCUGCCCGAAACGGAGGAGCCGGGUCCUUCCUACGAUGACGUGGUGCUGGAGGAGGAGGGGCAGAACCUUGGUGAUGGGUGCGACCCAGAGGUCGCAACCAAUAGCGGUGUUUGUAGGAAGGGGCCUGGUAAGACUUUGUCGUCGUUGGCUUCUUCACCUCUCCACCUCCCUCGUGCUUCAUUAGACUCUCUUAUGGCCUCAGGUGGGGGACUGAAAGAGACCUCUGCUAACAGGACAUCUCUACCCGUAGUGAAAAAUCGACCACAGGUGACCACAAGCGCUGAUGCCUGUUUUAAAAUGCCUCAACCUGUCUCUGCUCCGACUGGGGACAAUUACAGAUCAGUGCUACGCCCAUUUGUUCAUAAAACUACAACUCCCAGGGGCUCUGUUGCACACAGCUCCAUUCAUAAGCCUACAACUCCCAGCGUUUCUGCUACAAACGGCAACCCGCAUUAUACAACUCUUGGCAGCUUGGUCUCAAACCACUCACUUAAUAGUGCAACUCCCUGCAGUUCUACCCCAAAAUACGUCGCUCGUAAAACUACAGCUCCUUCCAGUGGCUCUGCAUUGCCAAGUCCACUAUAUCAAAGUAACACCCCCCACUGUGGCCACACAGUGCAGAGGAACUCUUCUAAAACUACAACUCCCAGCACCCCUUUCACCAUAUUCCAGGAUGUUGAAUCACAGCCCUCUACCUCCACCAGAAUACAGGCAUCCACUGGCGGCUUGUUCUCCGUCCUGCCCUCAGUUCUUUCUUCCAGCGUGAACCAGUCGUCUCUCCCGGCCUCAUCGAGGGCUGGGGCGCCCAGGAAGGCGGCGAUGACUACGGUGACGUCGCCGCUGUGCGGCUGUGGCAGGCGGGCGAAGCGGCUCAGCGUGGGCAACGGCGGGCCGAACCACGGACGCGGCUUCUACUGCUGCCCCGUGCGCCGCUCGGGGCCUGGCGCAUCCGCGCCCAAGAAGGGCUGCGAGUUUUUCAAGUGGGAGACUGCACUGCUGGCCUCUCUGACCCCUGGUCUGUCCAAACAAAGACACGCCUCCUGCCCGACUAGGCCUGCGCCAGCUUUGCCGAAGCUGCUCCGCUGAGUGACUACUUUUGAAUCGGUUUACCGUCACCAGCUGAUGAUGGCUAGCCUCCCUGCAUGUGAGGGCAGAUGGGUAGCCUUGAGGGCCGUACCCAGUCGUGAAAUAGUACACGCACGAUCCAAAGAUACGAUCCGUUUUUAUCUAACUUGGCCAAUGUGUGAGGGCAACCCACCAGGAAAAACUAAAUGAAAUCUAUAAUACAUUAUAAUUCUGUGUGUAUUUGUGUAAUUUAAAAUUAUUAUUGAAUGUGUAUGAUCAUUUCUCAACUUGCAAAUUGUAAAUUAUUUUAAUAAUGAAUGAGCUUUACAAGGCAACAUUUUAGAGCGUUUUAAGAAAUGUCAUGAUUUGAUUAUUGACACCUUUUGGUAAUGUAUUUUUUUAUUUUCUGUGAUGCUAACUGAAAUAAUAAAAACAAUACUCUUUGUG